GUCCAGCCCCUCGCCUUUUGCCGCCUUCGGAGGCCUUGCACACCCGGCGCACUGCUUCGGCGGCGAAGCAUAUCGGAGGCAUGUAGGGCACAGGCAGGCAGCUGGAAGGGGGCGGAGGCGGUCCUGUGGGCUCCUUUUGAAGCCUUCCACCUACAUCGGAGGCCUGUAGGAUACAGCCAGGCAGCUGGAAGGGAGCGGAGAAGGCCCCCUGGGCCCCUUUUGAGGCCUUUCGCCCCCGGCAGACGGCUCCCGAAGGGGUCCAGGGCUACCAGUGCCCACCCCUGCGCUAGGGGGGGGGUGCCGUACCCUUGCGCCCUGGCUCAUAUAUUGUUACGCGUAUCUAUAGCAUAAGCAUAUCAACAACUUUUGCAUCUGGGAAAGUAAUCAUAUGGUAAAAAUGCGAUAGUUCUCUUCAAGUUCAAUCGGCUUUACAUGCUCCAUGAAAGGCCUUAGUUCUCAAAGAUGGAGGUAACGGAAACUGAGGCACAAGAAGAUGUGCCACUCCUCCAAGAACAUGCAAAAGAGGUCGUCUUCUGUCCGAUACCUGGCUUACAAUGGGUCCAAGCUUUCGCUACCAGUCGAGUUCGACAUCCUGUCGAAGAUAGAUGGAGGCACGAGCAUGUCGCCGGUGCCAGAGGUCUGAUCAUUUGCCGCCCAGAGGCUUUGCGUUUGAGUAGGUCUCUCGAUGCGAAUGCUUUUGCUCCAGCGAGAGGUAACACGAAAGAAUGUACCUCUGCGACUGAGGAUGUGCUGCUGGCUGGAGAUCGUCAACAAGGAAUGGAGCACCAUGCUCGUGCAAAAAACGAUGACCCAGGACGAGAGCAUCCUGACGAAGUGCAACAGCCAAAACGUCGAAGGCUGAGCGUAGAGGAGGACAUUCGAAUAACCCAGUAUAAGGAAUAUUGGACCUGCGCAAAACCAGUGGGGGAAACAAGUAGUCCGCUUGAGCGCGUAGAUAUCCUCUACUACGAAAAUGAGGACGACCUCGUAGAUUUGGUAACCAAGCUUCACUAUGUACCAGAAGAAGACCAGGUUGAAGAUGAUGAAAUGAAAGCUCAUAGAUGCAAGAGCUUACCUGUUGCUGACCCGUCCUCCGUUCUUCAUCUGGGGAGAGACGAGGUGCAUCAUGAUGCGGUACCAUCGUCUGACAGAGAGCACACCCAUGAUCAUCAGCAAAUAUAUUCCAAACAAACCCUCACACGCCAGCUCGAACAGAUCCAUUGGGUAGCGGUGAUGUUAGAGCCGCAUAUACCACCCACACAUAUAAUGGCACUGCUGCUCGUGCAGUUGCGCGCUCUUCUUCGACACCUAUCCGAUACCUGCCGAAUCUCCCUUGUCAUGCCCGCAGACCUACCGCUACCUGAUGCGACGCAAACCAUUCUUCAAAACGACGGCUUUGCGCUUAUUGCUUUCCCACCAGAACACUGCAUGUAAUUUCGGAUAUUAUCUUCCUCAGCUACAACUAGAAGAUCAACAUGAUUUAAGUAAUGAUAAGUGGUCCCCUGCUGCCAUGAAAUGUGUUGUUCUCCUAGUUUAAUGCCGAGGAAAAAAAAUCAUGUAAAUUUUUGAAUCUUGUCGAUGAAAGAUGGACACAUUGCGGUGGUGAACAUGAAUAUUUAUUGAGAAAAAUGAAUCAAUCAUGUGCACGUAAUGCUGAAAACAGGACACAAAUUAUGGAUGCAGGAGCAUUAUAAGCCUGAGAUGGACGCACGCGAUGCGCUUCUUCGGAAAGGACAGUGUCAAUGUGAUUGUGAUAUUACGUAUCUUCAAACUUAUUAUCAGUCUCGACAGGCCGCUUUGAAGAAAAAUGUCACACAAAUUGGUUUUGACUCAGAGUAUAUUUCAUACAACAAUGUAGUAGUCAAAAUUUCAACGUCGCACAAAGGGAACAAGAAAAAUGCAC